AUGAGAUUACCCUUUUUCUCAACGAACACACACCACUAUUCAUUUCCCCUUUUCGCCACCGGCAUCGUGCACAGGCCGCGGUGGCCGCGCAUGAACGCCGCUCUUUCUUUCCGGCGCCGCCAUCGCCGGAAAGACAAGGUGGUAGUCAUCAUGGGCGCUACCGGCACUGGAAAAUCGCGCCUCUCCGUCGACCUCGCCACCCUCUUCUUCCCCUUCUUCGAAAUCGUGAACUCCGAUAAAAUGCAAGUCUAUAAUGGCCUCGACAUCACCACCAACAAGAUUCCCAUUGAAGAACGCAACGGUGUGCCUCACCACCUUCUUGGUAAGUUCGACCCUAAGAACGGCGAGUUAACCCCUUUGGAGUUUCGCCGGAUCGCUGGUGAAGUCGUCGCCGACAUUACUUCCCGGAGGAAACUUCCCAUCGUCGUCGGAGGGUCCAACUCGUUCAUUCAUGCUCUUCUCGUUGAACGUUUUGACCCCGAGUUGAACGUGUUUGAUGAGACUUCGCUCACGAUUGUCCCUGAGUUAACUCAGUUCAGGUACGAGUGCUGCUUCCUCUGGGUGGAUGUUUCGUUCCCUGUGUUAUCGGAUUAUUUGUUGAAGCGAGUUGACGACAUGCUUGACUCGGGGAUGGUGGACGAGUUGGCCGAGUUCUUUGACCCGGAAACGGGCGAUUUGGAAGUUGACUCGGCGAGUCCGAGUGGAUUGAGGAAGGCAAUUGGGGUGGCGGAGUUCGACCGUUAUUUGAAGGAAUACCCGCCACCGUUGGGGUUCCGAGGUUGUUGGGAGAAAGAGGGGGAGAAUCGCAUGCGGAAUGGUGCAUACGAGGGUGCUGUGAGGGCGAUCAAGGACAAAACGUGUCAUCUGGCGAAGAGGCAGAUAGGGAAGAUCCUGCGGUUAAAAAGGGCGGGGUGGGACCUACGGAGAUUGGACGCCACGGCGGCGCUCAGCGACGGAGGAAGGAGGUCGGAGAUUUGGGAGAGGGAGGUGUUGGAACCGAGCGUGAAGAUUGUGAAGCUGUUCAUGAAGGAGUAG